UGGCAAAAGUCCCUGAGACUCGCGACAUCCCCAAGUCUCGCGAGAUGGAGCAGGUUUGCAAGUGCGUCAAGGCAUCUUGUGUCGUCUAAGGAACAGCGCCACAAUCAUGGAAGAUAUCCCUUGUCUUGAUGAAGAGCCAAAGCUAGAGGAGCCUACUGCAUCCGUCAAAUCGGACACUAGCGAGCCUGGUCCCGAGACACCCAAUGGCGUAAAGACGGAUCCCGAAGAUUUCAAACCCUCUAGAGAGAAACAUGAAGGUAAAGAGAAAUCUUCUGGAAGCCGAAGAGGAGGCCGCUACCAUCCUUACAAAGACAAACAUGGUGGCGAAAAGAAAGGUGGUCUAAGGAAUCGGGUGUUCAUCAGCAACAUCCCGUAUGACAUGAAAUGGCAAGCAAUUAAAGAUCUCAUGCGUGAUAAAGUCGGUGAGGUUACAUACGUGGAGCUCUUUAAGGAUGCAGAAGGAAAGUCAAGGGGUUGCGGCGUUGUGGACUUCAAGGAUGAAGAGUUUGUGAGCAAGGCAAUCGAAACGAUGAAUAAAUAUGACCUGAAUGGACGGCCUCUCAACAUUAAGGAGGACCCUGAUGGAGAACAUGCCCGCCGUGUGCUGCAGCGCAUGGGAGGCCAACAAGGAGGCCGGGGGCAGGACAUGGGACCUGGUGGAAUGAAUAUCCCCCCCUCCAUCGCCAGUAAUCCCAACAUUCCACCUGAAAUCAAGCACGCGUUGCAAACUGGUCGAUUGGGGAGCACAGUGUUUGUGGCCAACCUUGAUUUCAAGGUCGGCUGGAAGAAGCUGAAGGAAGUGUUCAGCAUGGCGGGUGUGGUAAAAAGGGCUGAUGUGAAGGAGGACAAGGACGGCAAGAGCCGUGGGAUGGGAACUGUGACUUUUGAGGAGCCGCUGGAGGCCCUGCAAGCCAUUUCCAUGUUCAAUGGACAGAUGCUCUUUGAUAGACAAAUGCAUGUUAAAAUGGAUGAUAAAUCACUUCCCCCUGAUGAUUAUCGCCCAAUGGAAAAAACAACUCAAUUACCACGAGGCCUGUCUGGUAUCGGUAUGGGACUAGGACCAGGAGGGCAGCCUAUCAAUGCAAACCAUCUGAGCAGUGGAGGAGGCAUGGGCUCCAUGGGGCCAGGAGGUAUGGACGCUGCAGGUUAUGGUGGAAUGAACAGACUUGGAGGUGGAAUGGGUGUUGGUGGGGGGUUUGGAGGCAUGGACAACAUGGCCAACCUGGUUAACUUUGGAGGGAGAGACAUGAUGGCGAUGAGCAGGAUGAGCGAUGUAUUCCGGUCAAGAAUGGGCGUAAUGGAUCGGGAUUUUGGCAACGGCGACAUGCCAAUGAAUCGGGGAUUUGGAGAUUCAUUUGGAGGAAUGAGUGAAAGUUUUGGCGGAGGCAUGGGCGUUGGUGGCAUGGGAAGCAUGGGGACUGGAUUAGGUGGUGGGAUGGGCAGUAUGGCGAUGGAUCGCAUGGGCUCUGGCUUUGACCGCAUGGGAAUGUCAGGAAUGGACAUGAACCGCAGCUUUGGAGGUGGCGGCCCAAGUCACAUGGGCAUGUCUGACCGAGGCUAUGGGCCCAAAGCCGGUUGUCAGAUCUUUGUGCGAAAUCUCUCCUAUGAACUUACAUGGCAAAAACUUAAAGAGAAGUUCAGUCACUGUGGCCAGGUGAUGUUUGCAGAGAUCAAGAUGGAGAAUGGCAAGUCAAAGGGCUGCGGAACAGUGAGAUUUGACUCUCCAGAGAGUGCCGAGAAAGCCUGCCGGAUGAUGAAUGGAACAAAGAUCAAUGGCCGAGAGGUGGAUGUCCGUAUUGAUCGUAAUGCCUAGGUUUUUUGUAGGAGCCCUCAUGUCCACAUUUUGAACCAUCUUUGCCAGUGAGCUCUUGUUUUGUUUUAAAAACACAAGUACAGUACGUCAUCUAACUUCACGUCCACAGUUUUCAUUUGUUUCUGUUAAUAUAUCUACAACAUGGCUUCUUUUAUCUUGUUUUGUAAUCCUUUUUUUAUUGUUUGGCCAUUUGUUUGAAGAAAUAAACAUUUUAAUUUUUAAA